UUCAUUCCUUUCUAUUUGAUUUCAUUGUUGAAUGUUUAGAACUAUUUUCUGACAGUUUCUUACUUCUGAAAAUUUUCAUCCUGACCUUAUCCCUAGAGACUCCCUAGCCAAGGCCGCACGACGACAAACCGUCGUUUUCUUCGCAGUCUGCUUGUGAAAGGUAGGCGCGCAAUACACGGACCAUCGACAGUGCACCUUUCUAGACAUCUCAUUUCAUAUAGAGAGGAGAGUGCAUAAACCAUUGACUGCUGUGGAGGAGGACCGCCUGUCUAGAUCACUGCUGGUCAAUCAAUGUAUAUGUGCACCUCUGUGUGUCCAGUACAGCAGCUAUGAUGACAUUUGUUGGAAGGAGGCGACUUGCGGCGAUUCAUCCAACCUCUAAACGAUAAAUCUCUACCGACUUCCGAGCAACUGCCGUCAAUGUGUUCUUCGUCGAGCACUGUUUAGAGCAACUAACCUUUGAGUUAAUCAUUGCUGACAAAUUGUCACCAGUAAAAAUCCUGGCGCUUGUGGGUCCUGCAGGAGGUGCCGGAAAAGGAUCGCAUGUAUAGCGUCUAUGUGUAGGUGUUCGGGGCCUUUGCGUAAUGUCACCGGCCAUACAAUGUUAAGAUACAGGUGUUAGCGCCUCGACGGCUUCUCAAGCGUCGGCGGGGUGAGUCCGUCGAACUUCUCUGUGAACAGCGGAAGGGUGCAGUGCAACGAACUUGUGUGUCGUGCGUCGAAGUGCGUCGUGUGUCGAGUUCAGGCUCUUGCGCUUGGAACACGGACUGGGGACCACUAUCCAACGAGGAUCGUGUUGCAUAGCAGUUGCAAUCAGAAUAGUUGCACCAGAACCGUGUCGUUCCUUAAGCUACCGGAAAAAUAUAUACAGAUAAAAACAAGUAAGCAAAUAAUGGCGCUUAAGAAAGUAAAGGGCAAUCUGGAGCGUAUGUUCGAUAAGAAUCUCACCGAUCUUGUCCGUGGAAUUCGAAACAACCGUGACAAUGAGGCAAAAUACAUUACACAAUGUAUGGAAGAAAUCAAGGAGGAGCUUCGUCAAGACAAUACUGCCGUCAAGUCAAACGCCGUUGCUAAACUGGCCUAUUUACAAAUGCUUGGCUAUGAUAUCAGCUGGGCGGCCUUCAACAUCAUUGAAGUGAUGUCUUCAUCGAAAUUUACAUUUAAACGGGUUGGUUACCUGGCGGCGUCCCAAUCGUUCCAUGACGAGACCGAUGUUCUUAUGCUUACAACAAAUAUGAUCCGUAAGGACCUAAAUAGUGUUGGGAUGUAUGAAUCGGGUGUUGCCAUGUCCGGAUUAGCAUGUUUCGUCACGCCGGAUCUGGCACGCGAUCUCAGUCACGAUGUCAUGACGCUUCUAACCUCAACCAAGCCAUAUCUGCGCAAGAAGGCGGUUUUGCUAAUGUAUAAGAUCUUUCUACGCUUCCCGGAUGCCCUGCGUCCCGCCUUUCCUAAACUCAAAGAGAAGCUCGAAGAUCCUGACCCCGGCGUGCAGUCGGCCGCAGUGAAUGUGAUUUGUGAAUUGGCCCGCAAAAAUCCGAAAAACUACCUCCCGUUGGCGCCAGUUUUCUUCAAGUUAAUGACCUCAUCAACCAAUAACUGGAUGCUCAUCAAGAUUAUCAAACUGUUUGGUGUGUUGACCCACUACGAACCUCGGCUAGGCCGAAAGCUCAGUCAACCUCUGAUAUGUCUAAUACGAAGUACGUCCGCAAUGUCGUUGCUAUACGAAUGCAUCAACACUGUUAUCGCUGUGUUGAUUUCGAUCUCCUCCGGUCUGCCGUCGCAUUCAGCGUCGAUUCAGUUGUGCGUACAGAAGCUCAGAGUGCUCAUCGAAGAUUCCGAUCAGAACUUGAAGUAUCUUGGUCUAUUGGCGAUGGCGAAGAUCCUGAAGACGCACCCGAAGACUGUUCAGUCGCACAAGGAUCUGGUACUUCAGUGCCUGGACGACAAAGAUGAGUCAAUCCGACUGCGCGCCCUGGAUCUUCUUUAUGGAAUGGUCGGCAAGAAAAACCUUCAAGAGAUCGUUCGACGCCUUAUGACCCACGUUGACAAAGCUGAAGGUCAACAUUAUCGGGAUCAAUUACUUGCCAAAAUUAUCGACAUCUGCUCACAAGACAACUAUCACUUCAUUACGAACUUUGACUGGUAUAUCGGCAUUCUAGUUGAGCUUACGCGUAUUGAAGGCACCAGACAUGGUGAAUUAAUUGCUGGGCAGAUGCUUGAUGUUGCGGUUCGGGUCGAAGCUGUCAGAAGUGAGGCCUGCCGGCAGAUGGCACAUCUGCUCGCCAACACGCCGCUACUAAUUGGCCAAAAAGACUCUAUCACGCAGGUGCUCAUGGCUGCUGCGUACAUCUGUGGAGAAUUCUCACACCUUCUUGAAGAUCCGGAAGCGUGUAUGGAGCAUAUGCUUCGAACCAGGGCCUGCCAACUUCCACCCCACAUUCAAGCGACUUUCGUUCAAAAUGUCCUUAAAAUAUACGCUGGCAUUUGUGCUUCGUGUAAUGAAGAGACUUUCCGGCGGUUAUCAGCACUGAUUAUAGAUAGACUGCCUAUUUUUGUGCACUCAGGUGACCUCGAGGUUCAGGAGCGGGCGUGUUGUAUGCUGGCUUUGGUAAAACAAGCUGUAAAGCUUUUCGACCGAGGAGAAGAUGUGCGCCAGAAAUUACACUUCCUAUUCCAGGGUGAACUCAAUCCAGUUGCUCCAAAGGCUCAAAAAAAAGUACCAUUGCCAGAAGGCCUGGAUCUUGACUCAUGGAUUAAUGAGCCACCAAGUGACAAUGAUAGUGACCGCGAAAACGCUGGAGGAAUGGAGAUAUUCUUCAAAACCGAGAAGGUAACAAUUGCUGAGGAAGCUGCCCGCUACGACCCUGAUGAGGAGGAAAUGGAAAAGCGACGAAAAGCUCGACGUUCGGAGCAGGCGGACAAUCCGCAUUACCUAAAAGGUAGCACCAAGUCUGGCAAGAAAGACAAUACGAAGUCCAACAGCCAUCGAAACCACCGAGAUAAAGCCAGAAGUGGCCUUGAGCAGGAUAUUCUCCAUGCGCUCAACGCAGACGGCGAUUCAUGUCGAAAUAAACGGAGUCAUCGAAAUGGCGAACGUGGAGCUGCAGAUGAAGGUGGCGUAGACGAAGAAGGCGACACUAAGCGGCAUAAGAAAUGGUCCAGCAAGAAAUCAGCUUCGGGUGGCAAACGCAAAAAGGACGCAAAGCUUUCGGAGGUCUUGCGGGCCGAUAGCGAGGAAGACGAAGAGGAAGCCGAGAUGGACGAAUCGCCGAGCGUCCUCGUCAAAACACACAUGGAGCUGCCAGACGGAGCCAAACUCAGCGACAGCGACGACGACAAGGACGCCAACGAUCCCCAUCGCGCGUUAAAUAUUGACCUUGGAGUCGCAUUGGAAGAGAGCGUAUUUAUUAGUCACUACUCAAAGGCAAAGAGUGGCAACAUCGGCAAAGAAUCAAAGGUGUUGUCGAUUACAACGGCCGUGACUGCAGGAGCGACUGUAACGUCGCCCACUCUUCAAAGCAACAACGAAAAUCACCAAAAAAAUAAUAAUAACAACAACAAUAAUAACAAUAAUAAUAAUGACGACAACAAUAGGAGGAACAUCGCCAAUGACGAGAGCAUGGAUGAUGGCCUAUUAAUUAAGGAUAUCGACGGGUCUGGCCACCAGAAAAAGGAAAAGAGGAAGAAAGACAAAAAAGACAAGAAACAUGACAAGAAUUAUAAGAAAAAGGACAGCACCGACGCAAGUGAACUCGAAAAAUCCAUACGGCAUCAUAGCAGCACAAAAUCGAAACAUGACAAGGCUUCGGUUGGCCCGAAAGAAAAACGCUCGUCCCGCAAAGAAGGCCGUGACUCGACACACCGUAAACACCACACUCCUAAAAAAAGGACCUCAUCUGAAGGUGGAAGUCUCUCAUCAUCAAUAACGCUCUUUGGUGGUCACAAACAGAACAAGAGUGGCUAUGAGGAGACUCCGGGCAUCACUACGCCGUCACAUGAAAAGGGCAUUUCCCUGUUACAGACACCGCUCAGUCCAUCCCUCGCUCUUCUCCAGUGCGAGUCGCGGUUCGAGCCCCUGAAAGAGGAUCAAAAUGUCAAAAUUAGUUACGAAAUUCGCACAAUGCUCUAUGCCCGGGACCAAUUGGUCUGCGCGCUCAAAUUCACUAACAAAUCUGGCCAUUCGCUAAAACAACUCGAGCUGUCGUUUCGUGACGGACAAUACCUGAAGUUCGUUAGGUCUGCGGAUUCUGAUGACUCGACGGUGCCCGCACUACCGUUCACCGUGUUACCAGCCGGCGCUUCGCACAUUAACGAGUUUCCCUUUGAAGUAUCACAUCUGGCCGCCGACCAGGUGAAGGCCACACUUACCUAUAUGUGGAUCGAAGAAAACGGCGUUCUUAGUGAUAAAAUCGAUUGCAAGAUCAAGGUCCCUGUCGUAGCUUACCUUGUCCCUACUCCAACUACCAGUGAUGUCUUCUGCGGAAUGCUGUCAUCCGGUUCCCUGAUGGCCAAAGGUUCAUUAACCAUUCCCGAUGUCGAUGUGGACUUCACUCAUUUGCUUUCGAAGCUUGCCUUUCAUGCGCACUUCGCCCAAAUUGAACAGGUCGGUCAAAGUGCAUCUCUCCUGGCAACAGCAAUCUCCGGUGAGCCGGUUUGUCUUCUCGUCAAACAAAAAGAGCCGACGAAAACUUCUAGCGCAUUACUCAUUAUCGAUGGAAAAAGCUCACGUGAGACGCUGCUUAAUCAAGCGUUGGCCGAGAUUAAUAGGCUUAUAACUUCCGGGAGCCUCUUUGAGGAAUAGACAACGAUAGCGAAUUCGUGCACGCCUUAAAUGCUGUUGCUGGCUCUCUGAUAUUCAUUAAAUGUUAGACUGGGACUUGAACGUUACAAAUAGCGUUAAAAAAGGUGCGUUUUGGCGUAAUCUCUUUUUCUGCCAUGUUCUGCAAUUUACCGCUUUUCGUACUGAUGAAGAUGCUUAUACGGCUAAAUCGACACUUUUCGUCUAUUCAAGAGAGCUACAUCCUAUGAUUGGUGACAGAGUUCGGAAAAGGCUGAAUAAUGCCUGUACCCUAUUCCACCAAUUGAUUGUAUAGAUACCCGUGUAAUGCGUUGCGGUUGAUUCAUUAGCAGGUCUAUAAUAUAUAUCAGUGAUGACUCGUGAGCUUUCACAACAAUCAUGUGCCACUACAGAACAUUAAAAGCAGUAGCGCCAUUUGUUGGUUUUGAUAUUCUACCUGUACGCAAGUUCACGGUAACAUUGAUGGUGAUAAAUGUCAAUGAAUUCCAUGCGCCAUUAACCAAACAAGGACAUCAUUAUCCUCGUUCGCUUUAAACAGAAGACACUAAGCGCUGGCAAAAUUAGAGCAAUUUUUGGCGAAACAGAAGAAAAAAAUGAGCAUGCCACAAUGUAUACGGGCAAUACAUUACGCAAUAGGAAGAAGAGCAGCGCGCCUUUGGGCUAUCCUUCAUGGAGCGACAACAGUUAAGUGCAACAAACUUCGCUUGUUUUGUGGUCGACCAACCCACUAGUUCUUCAUCAUCACAAAUACUAUCGUCAUCAUCAUUGUUAUAUUGCAGACAUUCCGAAAGUGCCCUCGGAGGUACAACAUAAGUUUUCGCAAGGGGGAAUACCGAAAGUGACACUACGACUGUUACGAGUACGUGUCUUCGACUCGGAUCUAUAGAGCUGCCAGCUCUUAUAUUCCCAUCCGUUUAACUGACUGGGAAUCGCCGAUAGUUAACCAUGGAUGCCCAUCUUAGAUUUUACCUAGCAAAACGAGUACACAUAAACAAUUUCUGAUUUCAGCAGUAAUUGUUUAUUUGUUUCGUGAUUAUUGACCAGAAGUCACGUUAUCCUUAGAAUAUCUAGUUUGCUUGGGAGGUAAACUUUGGCGACGCAGAACUCCUUUGAACAGCGAGCAGCAAGAGUCACCAAUGAGUGAAAAGGUUUGAAAUCUCCCUGACGAUGUGGAACAAGCAUAGGAAGAAUAACGGAUCGGAUAACGCAUAUGUGCGUAGAAUAAUCUGGAAAAGUCCACAGUUUUAGUGCUGGCUUUGUAAUUGUUUCAGAGUUGCUUCAGCAGAUCGGGUCGAAGUGAUUUGCGCUAAUACAUCUAACAAAUGGCAUAUGGCGCUUAGAGAAAAGUAAGACAAAAAAUCUGAACCUACCCGUCAUAGAAGAGACGUUACAUCUGAAUGAGAAUGUACUGCAAAGCAAUUAACGUGUACAGAAGUGACGGGAAGUUAAGGAGUGAAUUACAGUAUAGAUGCGUUUAUGAUAACAUUUUAGCGUGUGUGUGAUCUACUGUUAAAAAGUCUAGAAGGCCUAAACCGUUUUAAUUUCGUUAAUUUUUCACUGCUUAAAUCCUAAUCGCCUCGAUAUGCAUCUUACACGGUAAGGAACUAUAUAUAAAGGCCUAUAACAUUAGCGCCAACUAUAAAAAUGGCGGGAUCAGAAAAAUGAUUAACAAUUAGGAGUAAAUGUUAUGUGGGGCGAACGUCUACUCUCAUUUUUGAACGCGUUUUUCAUAAGUGAAGCUGUCCACAGCUACAAAGUGGUAAAGUACGUAACGUAACAGCGCUAAAACAAUUCUAAGAGGUGUGUAGCAGACAAAUGCAAUAUCUGUAUGGUACAUAGAGGUCACCUUAUAUACAUAUAUAUAUCGAAGGGAGAGUUAUAUAUGAAUUAGGUGAUAAACAGCGAACUGGGAUAAGGAUGUAAUGAUGAAAACACAAGUAUGUAUGUGUGUCUGCAAUGAGUAACAAACAAAACUGAGAAAACAGAGACAAAAGAUCGUCCUAAAACGAUCUUAUUAUUUAUGAUUACGACGAAUACAUUUUUGUGAUGAAAAAGAAUCUAUACAGAGUAAUAAUAAAUUGUCCGAUAAUAUUGGUUAAAAACGGAUGCUUAUCAUUCCCAUUGUGUGCCAAGUACACGUGUGACGGUUGAUUACCUUCGCAAACGUUUUCUGUCUCGAAAAGUUUCUUUAUCGAUUUGAAAACAAAAACCUAAAGCCUUUUUCAAAGUGAGCAAAAGUUAAACGCGCUGAAUUCUAUAGUCAAAUAUUCAUGAAACAAAAGCU